AGUUCUGGUAUCCGUGAAAAGUUUUGCAAAUACAGAUGCUAAUGAAGCAAAUGUUCCUGAUAAUAAGGAAUAUGGUAUAAAUGAUGAUUUUAUAGUUAUGGAGGACGGAAGUCCAGUAUCUAUUUUCACUUUUGAUUGCGUUAAGCAAAGAGAUAAAUUGCCUUUAGCCAAAAAUGCUUUCAAGAAAUUUCGAACCAUUAGACAUCCAGAUUUAUUACGUUAUGUUGAUGGUGUAGAGACUGAUUCUAAUAUAUAUAUUGUUACCGAAAAUGUUACUCCUUUAAGUACACAACUUAAUACUCGUUCUGAUGAUAAUUUAGUGUCAUGGGCUGGUGAAUGGAAAUUGGCUGGAUUUGAACUUAUGAGUUCCCCCAAGGAAGACAAUCCUGUGAUUUUUGUGA